AUGCGGAUGUUAAGAUUGAUAAAGGCUGGACGUAAUUCACGUCAUUUGUUGACUACUGCAUCUCGUGCUUUCACCCAUAACGUCAGAUGUAUAAGUAAUCUUAAGGGCAAGGUAAUAGCUAUAAGACGAGAAGACCAGUCAGUAUGGGAGAGGAGGGCACCGUUAGCCCCGGCGAACGUUCGUCGCCUUGUAAGAUUAGGUGUAAAGGUGAUUGUACAGCCCAGCAACCGAAGGGCAUAUCCCGCCCAAGUCUAUCAAGCGGCAGGCGCCCUGCUACAAGAGGAUAUCAGCUCAGCUUCCGUUAUAUUCGGCGUCAAGCAGGUACCCGUGGAUCAACUGAUACCCAAUAAGACAUACUGCUUUUUUUCGCAUACUAUCAAGGCCCAGGAGAGUAAUAUGCCUCUCUUGGAUGCGAUCCUAGAGAAGAACAUACGUUUCUUGGACUACGAAAAGCUCGCGGACGCAAAUGGUCAAAGGCUGGUGGCUUUCGGCAAAUACGCCGGAGUUGCUGGUAUGGUGAACAUACUCCACGGUUUGGGUCUCAGACUACUAGCAUUGGGCCAUCAUACUCCGUUUAUGCACAUCGGACCGGCGCAUAAUUAUCGAGAUUCAGCCAUGGCACGUCAAGCAAUCCGUGGUGCGGGAUAUGAAAUCGCUCUGGGUUCCAUGCCGAAAUCGAUUGGUCCGUUAACCUUUGUCUUCACGGGCAGCGGUAAUGUUAGCCAGGGUGGUCAGGAGGUCUUCCAAGAGCUGCCCCACGAAUACGUGCCACCCGAAAUGUUACGAAAAGUCGCGGAACACGGCGAUACGACGAAGAUAUACGGUUGCGAGGUACGGCGCAGGCAUCACCUGGAGAGGAAGGAGGGCGGCGGUUUCGAUCCUGAGGAGUACGACCAGCAUCCAGAGUUGUACAUCUCCACGUUCAGCAAAAAGAUAGCGCCGUACGCCUCGGUGAUCAUCAACGGUAUAUACUGGGCGAUAGAUUCGCCGAAGUUGUUGACGAUACCGGACGCGAAAUAUCUCCUCAGGCCCGCUAAUACACCAUGGCUACCGAUAAGCGUCGGCGCGCCCGCCUUGCCGCACAGGAUGCUCGGUAUUUGCGACAUAUCCGCGGAUCCGGGCGGCAGCAUCGAAUUCAUGAACGAGUGUACGACGAUCGACACACCAUUUUGUCUAUACGAUGCCGACCGGAACAAGGACACGAAGUCCUUCAAAGGUCCCGGUGUGCUGGUUUGUUCAAUUGACAAUAUGCCCACGCAACUGCCGAAAGAAGCAACGGACUUCUUCGGUAAUCUUUUAUAUCCGUAUGCUUUGGACAUCAUACAGUCGGACGCGAAAAAACCGCUGGACGAGCAUAACUUCAAUUCUGCCGUGCAUGGUGCCAUUAUCGCGUCUAACGGGAAAUUGACGCCUAAUUUCGAAUACAUCCAAGAACUCAGACAAGUGAAUCAACGCAGUAGGCACAAAGCCGAUAACAGAGAACAACAGAGCAAAACGGUGGUCGUUCUCGGCGCAGGAUACGUCUCCGCACCCUUGGUCGAGUAUUUGCACAGGGAUGAGAACGUAAGGCUGAUAGUGGCGUCACAAUUGAAGGACGAGGCUGACGCGUUGGCCAAUCGAUUCCCAGGUGUGGAGCCAGUCUUUCUGAACGUUCUGGAUCGUUCUGAUACGUUGCACGACGUGAUAAAAUCGGCGAACGUAGUCGUCUCCCUUCUGCCAUAUUCGCUGCAUCACGUCAUCGCCAAAGCUUGUAUAGAAACCAAAAAUCACCUAGUAACAGCAAGCUAUAUGAAUAAUGAAGUUAAGGCAUUGCACGAAGAAGCCCAAGAAGCUGGCAUCACCGUAUUGAAUGAAGUUGGAUUGGAUCCAGGUAUCGACCACCUUUUGGCAAUCGAGUGUUUCGAUGAUAUAAGACAAGCGGGUGGAAAGAUAGAAUCCUUUGUCUCGUGGUGUGGCGGUUUGCCUGCACCGGAGUGUUCCUCCAACCCGUUGAGGUAUAAAUUCAGUUGGUCUCCACGAGGUGUCCUGUUAAACACUUUGUCGCCAGCGAAAUAUCUUCAUGAGGGUCAGGAAGUGGAGAUUGCGGGAGGCGGCGAUUUGAUGUCUACCGUGCAAGAUUUGGACUUCCUCCCGGGUUUCGCCUUGGAAGGCUAUCCCAAUCGCGACAGUACGAUAUACAGGGAUUACUAUGGUUUGCAAAACGCGAAUACUGUACUGCGCGGUACGCUCAGGUUCAAGGGAUUUUCAGAUACCAUACUGGGCCUACAAUUGCUUGGUUUAAUUGAUCCGAAUCCGCAUCCUAUUUUACAUCCGAACGGGCCAGACAUCACCUGGCGAGUGUUGGCAUGUAACUUGCUUGGUCUGGCGAACGACAACAUCUUCUACGGAAAUCUGAAGCAAAAAUUAGCGGAGAGGAUGAAUUCGUGGGAGCGCGUGAAAGCCAUCGAGGAAUUGGGUCUCCUAGAAGAGGACCUGGUCUUGAAAUUAAACACUCCUCUCGACACGCUUACGCAUUAUUUGUCGAAAAAACUCUCUUUCGAGAAAAACGAACGCGAUUUAGUGAUACUGAGACAUGAUGUAGGUAUCCUUUGGCCGGAUAACAGGAGGGAAUCCAGAGGAAUCAACUUGGUGCUUUAUGGAGAUGCUUCUGGACAUUCUGCGAUGGCGCGUACCGUCGGUUAUCCCGUAGCUAUUGCCGUCAAGAUGAUUCUAGAUGGUGAAAUUCAGCAGCGUGGAAUGGUACUACCUUUCACGCCCGAUAUAUAUCGACCUAUUCUUAAUCGAUUGAGAGCUGAAGGCGUACACUCUUUCGAAACUUCUAAAUGGCUCUAACUGAUUCAC